CAUACCUUCUGCAUGGACUGCGAUGGCUACUCUUUCCCCUUCAUCUCUCAGGAGUCUCAGACUUUACUUGCAUGCUGUAUAGAUAGAAUCCCGCAUCUCCAUAGGUCCCCAACUUCUCUGUGUAGCUAUUCUUGUCGGCUGGUCAUUUUUUUUCCCGUACCGGGCUCUUCACUAAAAUCCAAGAUCUUCUCCAGCUCCAUCGUUCAGGACUUUUAAUUUGAGACAGAGCCAUUGGAACUUUGAAGAAUGCAUGUGUAGAUUUGGCGCAUAGAUAAACUGAUCUUAAAUAAUUGUGAAAGUUGGGUUGUGGAGACUUCAAUGGGGACUUCUAAUUCUAGGGCUGAAGAAGAUAAGGCCUUACAGAUAUGCCGAGACAGGAAAAAGAUUGUCAGACAAGCACUUGAUGGACGGUGUUCUUUGGCAGCUACUCAUGUUGCUUAUAUAGAUUCUUUGAAAAUAACAGGAAAUGCUUUGAGGAAAUUUGUCGAACCCGAAGCUCAGUUUGAAUCUUCAAUCUAUACUUCAACUGAAAGAUCCCUUUCCCAAUUCUCAUUCUCUCCUGUGCCUAAAUCAUCACACCAUGCGGAUAGCAGUGAGAAUGCAUUGCCGUCUCCUUCACCCCCAACCUCCACGAGAUACAACGCACAUCCCAUGAAAUUUAGCGGUACCUUCUCAAAGAAAGUUGAAGAAAACCCCGCUGUUCCAGUCACUGUCACUGUUACUUCACUCACUCCUCAGAACUCGACACCUCAUUCCACAGAAAAGCACGAAACAUCACCAUUUAAUACACCUCCUUGGGACUUUUUUGGUCUUGGACACACAUCUGAAGAUCAUAUUAGAGAGAACGGGGAGGAAGGCAGCGGAAUUCCUCUGUCAGAGGAUGAUCAACAAAAUGGUUUGUCACCUGGAAGAGAUUCGCCACACGAGUCUGAUGAUGGGUUUGAUGAUCCAUCUAUGGAGACGCUGGUUAGGAGGUUUGAUAAUGUCAACAGGGCGAAGGAAGAAUCUGCUGCUGAUGAUCAGAGUGUAGCAUUGGUAGUGAAGGGUGUGGAUGGGGAGAAAAGUGGUUCCCCUAAUUUGUCACCACUUGGACCCACUUUUUCAGGGGUUGCCACUGUUGAAGAUGAUGCCAAGACAGUACUCAAGGAAAAUGGUGUUGAAAAUAAGGUUGUACCUAAGGACUUUUUUUCUAGCAUGAGAGACAUUGAACGGCUGUUUAUAAAAGCAUCUGAAUCUGGAAGGGAGGUUCCACUGAUGCUGGAAGCAAAUAAAUUUAAUUUUCGCCCUAUUAUUCCUGGUGCUAGAAGAGGUUCAAUUGCCAGGACACUGCUAAGGUCUUGUUUCUCUUGCGGUGCAGAUCCAAGCCAAGUUCCAGAAGAGAAAGAAGAGGCGCCUCAAAGUUCCCCCAAGUAUAUGACAUGGCAUCGCACAACUUCAUUUUCUUCUUCAUCAAGAAACCUGCUAGGUGUGAACUCAACUGAUGAACACACCAAAAAUCUCUUUGAUAACUUCUGUAUGAACUCAGGAAGUCACGCCUCAACCUUGGACCGGUUGCAUGCUUGGGAGAAAAAACUCUAUGAUGAAGUCAAGGCUUGUGAGAUUAUUCGAGUAGAAUAUGAUGCAAAACGGAAGCUGCUUAGACAGAUAGAAUCUUUGGGAGAAAGUCAACAGAAAAUUGAUAUAACACGAGCUGCUGUGAAGGAUCUGCAUUCGAGAAUUGGUGUUGCAAUUCAUAGAAUAAACACUAUCUCGAGGAAAAUUGAGGAAUUAAGGGAUGAAGAACUACAACCUCAGCUAGAGGAGUUGAUUGAAGGAUUAAGGAAGAUGUGGGAGGAAAUGCUCAACUGUCACGCAAUGCAGCUCCAUAUAAUUUCGAUAGCACAUUUACCAGGAAACAAAAAGCUACCCAUAGAUUCAGAGUCUCACCGGCAAACAACCAUCCAUCUUGAGCACGAGUUGAUUUCCCUAUCUUCAAGUUUUACAAAGUGGAUUGGUGCUCAAAUGGCAUACAUGGAAGCUAUAAACAAGUGGCUGUUGAAGUGUGUUUCGAUGAAAGAGCAAUCAUCCAAGAGGAAAAGAAGAGUGCAAAACCAACCAAAUCUCAGAUACUACGGCCCACCUAUAUAUAUGAUAUGCGGCACCUGGUUGGACAUGUUCACUGUUUUGCCUACGAAAGAAGUCGCUGAUGCUAUGAAGGCUUUAGCAGCAGAAACAGCCCAUUUCUUACCGCGGCAGGAGAAAAACAAAGGGAAAGGCGCGAAUGGAGAUGCAACUAAUUUGGAUGAAUGGGUAAUUGAUUAUGAUCAAUUCCGUACAAGCAUGGCUCUUUUCCUUAGUAAGCUAAAUAACUUUGCAGAGUCAUCUGUGAAGAUGUUCACCGAGAUCCAAAAUUCUGUUGAAAAAUCGAAAAAGAAUUACGCUCACGUAAUGCCAGUAGACCAAUAAUAUUCCUUUAAUAUCUUAGUGUUAUGAUCAAAGCUGCACAAAACAACAAACUACACGAACAUAUUGACAAUCAGCAAUUGUGGGAUCUGUGUACAUAGGAGAGGGAUAAAUAAAUGCCGUCAAUAACGGCGGAGGAGCUCAGUAUAGUUUAUAGAGAUUAUAUUUAUAUGAUAAAUCAAUAUAACAACAACAUCCAUGCCUUAUUCCCAAAAGAUUUUGGGGUCGGCUAACAUGAAUCGAUCCAUGAUUUAUAUGAUAUAUCAAUAAGCAAGAAAAAACCAGUUCACAAUACAAGUUUUGUUUUUAUGCUCUUAAUACUUCUGCUGUAUAUAUAUGGCCUGAAUAGCAUAUUCCUUUUGGUGCUUUUCUUGAUCAAUACAUAACAUAUUGAUGCCUCA